CAUGUCAUGUUAUUGCAGCUGAGCGGAGCAGAGCACAGCUGUUGGGAGUGUGCCGGCCUGGUUUUGGGUUUCAAACCUCAGUGUUUCGCUGUAAAAGAGAGUGGCAGGGUGUCGUCUCCCCGCUGCGUGACCUUCUCUCCAGCCACGUCCCUCAGCGGCCGCCUUCGCUCCCCCUCAGCCGGUGUGUCGGGUCCACGACGAGGAUAAUGGUCCUGUCAACAUCACAACAGGUCGCCCUGGCGUUCACGGCCGUGCUAUUCACGUUCGUCGUCCUGCCCAGGUUGUUCGGCGUCGGCGGCGGGACGGGAGCGAAGGAAAGUAGAUUCGACUCCCGCUACAGCAGGAAAGCAAGUACAGGCCCCGGCGCAGUGAGAGGUCAGCCCAUCAACGUGAACGCCCCCGGUUCACCCCAGACCCCCGAGAACAUGCAACAGAUGAAGAAGCUGAUGGAGCAAGAGCUGAAGAGCGACAAGUACAAAACCAACAACAACAAGGGCUACGUGUUCACGCUGAUGCCUCUCUACGCCAUCGGCGUCGGAGUGUUUGCAGCAUAUAAGUUCCUGAAGAUCAAGUCGGCAGAUGACCAGGCACAAAAGGAGAAAUUUACAAAAGGAGCCAAGAAAUCAGUGGAGGCAGAGAACCAACUGAACGAGCUUGAACAAAGGCUAGCGCAGACGGAGAGGAUGCUCAAUUCCAUCCUCACCCAGCUGGACCCGCUCACUAACUGUGUGAAGUCGGUGGCCCAGGAGCAGAAGAACGAGAUCAUGUCCCAACUCCAGACCAUCCGGUACCUGAUGAAGAAGAGAGGAAUGGACUGUCCGCCGCUCAACAUCAACGAGGCAUCCUGCGGGCGAAAUCUGGACGACCUCAUCGAGUCGCUUGGAGCCAAUGACACGUCUGCGCUGGAAGCUUCUCUGGUGGAAAAACAGAGCUCGACAGGACCAGAGGCAGAGGCUUCUGAAAGAGUCUAUCAGAAGCUCUUAGAAGCUAAAGAUGAAGCCGCAACAGAAGGCGAAGAGAUGAAGGAGCUCCAGCCAGAGGAGUCUGACGGGGAAGCAGAGGAGGAAGAGAACGACAACAAAGAGGAGGAGGAGGAGGAGGAGGAGGAGGAGGAAGGAUUGGAGGACUCCGAGCUCACGCCUUCAUCUGGGGAGUCAUGCGAGACAAACAUUGAGGAGGUUGGAGCGGAGCAGCCUGCGUCAGGCCUCAGACGACGCAACAGGCCCGAAUAAACUCUCCGCAGGACUCCUGUGCUGUACAGAAACAUGACAGAUUAUUCUCAAUAUUUAUUGUGUGAAAGGCUUUCAUUGCAAAAGGCUGUCUACAUAUUUAUCAAAAACAUAUAUUGCAUUCAUAAGAAACCUAUAACCACAUAAGGAAAGAGACAGUGGGGCUCUAUUUUCCCGUUGCUCUCUCAAAGACGAGACAAACUGUUCCGUCGUGUGCUCGAGGUCAGCGCGGGCGUAAAUAUCCACGAGCACCUGAUAUCAUCGUUCAAAGUGUCGGUCUGCUCAGUCGGCCACGUUACUUAUCUUGUACCAUUGAAACAGCUGUGCCAGUUACAAGACAAAUAGCGAAUAUGAGGUAUUAAAACUCUCCAGCAAAAAUUAGAUAAUUCCCCUCGAGGGACUCGGAUGCAUGAAUUUUUCUCAAAUCAAGUGUAACAACCAAAGCAAAAUUCUGUCUUUUAAGAUGAUGAUUUUCAUCUCCACAUGUUCAUGUACACCCACAGAAUCACGUGCACAGGGUCUGGAGGAUGCAUGAUUUUGCGCUCUUGCCACACAUUGCAUUUUUAAGUGUUGGAAAUGUUUUUGUGCGCACCCAGUUCCACAGACAUCAAACUUUCGGUGCGGUCUUCGCCCAAACUCCAUCCAAAAAAACAAAACAAACAGCAUAUGAACUUAAGAUCCAACACAUUCACUGAGCUUCAGAGAGCGCAGACAAAGUAAAUGCAAUGCCAAGGACUGAGGAGGAUGUUAUGAGCUUGAAGGACAGCUCCGUAGCCUCCCUAAAGUAAAGUUAAAUGUAUGUGAUUUGGAAUGUAGACUUUGCCCUGGAAUGCCUCAUCUGCGUGUACCUCUCAUCUCGUUGCUCCUUUUGCUUUUGCACCAUGUGCACAAAAAUACAGAGGAAAUGGAAAACCACAGAGAAAGUCAGGGUAGAGCUACCUGUUUUAGUCUUUGUGCGGAAUUGGAAAUAGAGCCCUUCUGUCCUUCACUUUCCUGUCGCCAUCAUUUUUUUUUUUUUUUUUAAUUUUUUUAACACUAUCGCCAUUGAAAUGAAAUUUCUCUUCACGUUUUUGUUGUACUAGCUCAUCAUCAGUUUAGGUUUGCACCUGCUUGAAUGGGGAAUCCAAACAUUUCAGGAGUAUGAGCUACAUCAGAGGAGGAGGCGGCGGUCGUCGUCACCUGUGGCUUUAUCGUUCCCUUCUCAUGGCGGACAAUUUGUUAAACACAACUGUACCCAUGGCUCUUGUUUUCCUGCAUGCUUGCUCACAGACAUGACUUCCUUGGACGCUUACAUGGAACAAAACGGAUUAAUUAACGAAGUUAACAUCAUCAGUUCCACCUGUCUUUUCUCCCAGCUCUGACAAGUUAAGAACUUCUGCAACGAAGGUCUUUUGAUGUCAAUUUUCCACUUUGAUAAAUGUCACAGGAUGCCGGGUGUUUGUAAUGACUCAGCCUCUCCGUCUGUUAAGUCUCGAUAAAGUGCUUACAUUGAUGCAUCUCAACCCUGCACCGUCCUGCACUGCCACCCUCUUCCACUGGUCGGCGUGAGGAAACGGUGAGACGGGUGAUCUUGUGAUGAAAUCCAAGUCUUACCAUAAUGUUUCUUUCCUAUUUUAUUGAUAUAUACUAAUUAUCGUUAUUUUUAUUUUUUUUUAUCAUAAAGGGAUUGACACUAAUGCUGCUGGAUGUGACGAGCCUACUCAGACUGCAGAAUAUUAUUACUGUAUGUGCACUGCACACGUGAAUUCGGGCACCUAUGGCAUGGUGGUACAUCAAAUACAUAAUUGCAUGUUUUUCACAUUCUUCUGCACAGUAUGACUGCAUGAUGUUUUAAUUUAUGUAUUCAAUAGGAAAAUGACAAUCAUUAACUCGCAUUACAUUUUUGUACCUUUACGAGAUCACUGCAUUAUAUUGCAUGUUUUUAUGUUUGUUGGAUGCCAAUAUUGUAGGAAAUGGAUCAGCUACAAUUUUGCUUUUGCACCUCAAUCUGUUGUUCGUUUUUUUUUUUUUUUAAUUCUGAUUUGAGGACGUGUGAUGUUUCAGGUUGUUUCCAUGACAUUUAUUGUUGGGUAACACAUCAGGCCACUCAUCAGGGUGCUCGAACUCUAAACUUCAAAAUACAGUGGAUUUAGGUCCUGAUUUAAAAAAAAAAAUGUUAGAAAAAAAAAGCUUUUAAUUUGUGUUGAUGAUGAAUAAUAGCCAAAAGUGUAUCCAUGCAGUUAAGACUGCAGCAUCACUAGAGUUCCAUCAGUCUUGCAAUGUGUGAUCAUUUUUACAUCAUACGUCCCUGUCUGUUACAGAUUAUCAUUGCACAGUUGAGGUCACAGUCAUUUUGUAUAAAAGUAGCCCAAAUGUUGAUGUAAUAAAAUGUGUUAAAGGUGUCUUGAACAACAUUAAACAGUAGUAAUUUAUAACUUUUGCCUAAAUGAGAUGCCCCAGUAGUCUAGCAUUCCUUGUGUCAUGUUCUUGUCGUCGUGAAGCCCACCAGCCAUUGCCUUAAAUAAUUGGUCCGUAGACGCUGCAGAACGUUUGGGUCGGUUUCAUGUUUUUCCACUGUUGUCCCGAGCUCCAACGCAAGAGCUUUUAACACGUUGAAUUUAUUGCCA